AGACCAUAUUUGCUAGCAGAACCCAAAAUAAUCUUACGUAAAUUUUGUAUAAAUAGAAGUAGUUAAAUCAUUGUAAAAUAGAAGACGUUGAACAUUAAAUGUGAUCGUAUAGUUAUCUGUAACAUUUGUUGGUGUAAGUCAAAUUAUACUAAAGAAGGUACAUGGCUACAUCACAAAACCUAACAUUUAGCACUGAUUUAUUUACCUGUAAAAAAUGCGUUAGUGAUUUUUGAAUCCGUUGUUAAUGAUUUUUUCUCUUUCUUUGUGUAAAAUUUAUAAUGACAAAGUGACAAAGCUUUUAGCUUUCAAGCACUGUGGAGGCGUUGAUUUCAUAUGAUAAAUGGUCGUCUACAGUACUUAAAGUGCUACUGAAGUGAAAUUUUGGGUAUCGAUUUUUUUCUAUAAUCAAAUAGUUCUAUCUUUCCUGGUCACUUUGGUAUAAUUUUUAUGCAUAUUGAAGCACGGGAUCAUCAAUAAAUUUUUGCUCAAAGUUGGGUUACGCGUGCGAAUUUUUACUACUGAAAUAUUAUACGGAUGUGACGUAAUUAAAAGGACGGAAGUCGAAGUAUGAGCAUUGAUUUACUAGUAUUUUGUUAGAUUUUUAACACAUAUACACAAUAAAAUAUGAGUUCUUCAAGCAGUGAAAGCGAACGCAGUUCGGAUACUGAAAACUCAGAUAAGGCAAAUGAAAAUUUACUUUCGAAUUCCGGCGAUGAGGAUACAAUUGUGGCUAAUUCAGUUGUAAAUCCUUACGAAAAUGAACCUCUUGCGAACGCAGUCGGAGAGAAUUUUGUGUCGGUCGAAGAAGACGCAGACGGCUUAGAACCUCGAACAUUGGAAGCGAGGUUCGAAGGAACCGUUCAGUUAGAUAAGUGGUGUGCAUGUAGCUUGUGUCGUACUCAACUGCUGACAGAUGCUAUUGAAUACCGUUGUUGUCAAGAGGUUGGGCCUACUUUACAUAAACUGGUAUUCGAUGGUAGCAUUGAAAAAAUUAGCUGUGUUACUCUUCACGAGGAGUACACGAUUAUGACACAUGCUACAGUCUUGAAGAAUGUUGGCUCACUUCUAAGAGACCAAGAUGGAAGGUCAUACAAGCGUCGUAGAAUACAUGAAAAUGAAUACUUGAGAGCAGUUGCAUACCAUUGGGUCAUUCGAUGGCUAUGUGGAUGCCUUGGUUGGGAAAAUUCUAGACCAUUACCUGCAUGUAUCUACACAGACAUCCGAAAACGAUUUCCAUUACGAAAUCCCCUAGGCCAAGAACAUGCUGGCUACAAGUCAGCACAGGAAAGAAACUGAUAGAAAAUGCACUGGCCAUACCUAUUAUACAUGGUAGCAUGAACAACUUACAUGUGGGAAACAAUGGUGUUGAAGAUAGUUGUUUCCUAUCCAAAUGCCGUUGGAUUGCCUCAGUUUUGGAAAUUCGAUCCAAGAACAUUUUGUUUAAGGCUUCUGGGACUUUUUCCUUAUACUUCUUAAAUAUGUUGUCCGUGGAUUCCUCACAACUAAGAACCAUGACAUUUUUGAUUUCAUUAACAUAGUCUGGAAAAAUGACAAGUGGUUAGAUGUGUAAGUCAAGAGUACCAAUGCAUACAUGCUAAACUUACAAUAUGAUGGUGCUGAAGAAACAGUUCUUACUACUUCAUCCCCUGAUUUAAAUUUUGGGAACAAGUAAAAAAGCCUUGGCAGAUAGAGAGCAGUGAUUACAAGUUACCUGCAAUAUGUACCAAGCCAAGAAAAGUGGGUCAUCUUUGGAUGCCAACCAUUUAAUGUUGAAUGAAAACCUUCGAAUCUAACAAAUCUUCCUAACAAAUCUUCCUAACAAAUCUUCCUAACAAAUUGUGUCCAUUUACUCAGCCUCUCCUUGUCAUUCAUGGGGAAACGAUGUACUGAGACACCCUCUGUGUGUUGACUGUUUGUACAACUUUUUCCGUUGGGCCAACCAGCAACACAAUAUUGUCCUCCUCGACGAAUUUUGCCUACUCGCCAUAUUUUAACUUGCGAUGUAUCGUUACGUUUGACUAACUUAAUAAAAAAUUAUUCUCCUUA